GUAUGUUUUUUAAGCCGUCUGCCCUCAGUGCUCUCUGCUCAAAAGCAUAAGAGUUUUGUGCACCGUGGAGUGUUCGCAGGAAGCAUGAAUUUUACCAGUGUAAGAGUUCCUGAACAGGUUCAGGAGUUAGAAAUGGACCCAGGUAUUGUGGGAGCCUGUGUCAUCAUGGCUGUGUGCUUUAUGGUGGGGACUCCAGGGAACCUGCUGGUUGUGUGGACCAUCGUGAGGCACGUGAAACAACGCUCUCACACUGUGUUGCUCAUCAUGCACCUGGCUGUUGCUGACCUGCUGGUAGUCUUCACCCUGCCUUUAUGGAUCUACUCACUGGUUUGGUCCUGGGUGUUUAGUGAGGUUAUGUGCAAGGCCAUGGUGUAUGUUAUCUACGCCUGCAUGUAUGCUAGCAUCUUCUUGAUCACCAUCAUGAGUGUGGAGCGCUUCCUGGCUGUCAGGUACCCCUUUGCUUCAGCUGCCUGGAGAAAGAAGCAGAUGUUAAAUAAGAUCUUGCUGGCUGUGUGGGUGGCGUCGUUUCUUCUCAGCAUUCCAGUUAUAAUUACUCAGGUCUUGGGCGAUGACAACGGAUCAAAACAGUGCUUGUAUCGGGAGUACAAAUCCGAUACACAGGAGGCUGUUCUUCUGCUCUUGGAGUCUCUGGUGGGUUUUGUGAUCCCCUUCGUCAUCCUUGUGCUCUGCUAUGGCUGCCUCUACAGUCGAAUCACACAGAUGAGCUUUAGGUCCAAGCGAAAAUCUACUAUUCUGAUUGUCGGUGUUGUGGUGGUAUUUGCUCUUUGCUGGAUCCCACACCACAUCACCAAUGUUUUGUCUUUGGUUUACCUUGUCUUUGAUGACUCCCCAGAAAGAGAAAAAAUCUACGAGGUUGUAAAUGCCAUGCACAUGAUCUCUAGCUCACUAGUCUUUGUAAGCAGCACUAUCAAUCCAGUGCUGUAUGUUUUUGCAGCACGGAGCUUUCGCACUUCACUGAGGGACACAGGUAUCCACAAGCUGUUCCGUCACCUGUCCAGUACAGUGACGGGCGAAGGCAAUAGAGAACUGUCAUUUGUGUCCAAAAGACAAAGUUCUCAGACCAACACUUCUCAGUGCUGCGUGGAGUCCAAAGCACAUAUAGACCUACUUGUGGACAUAUGCAGCCAUGCUGCAACUGAUGAGCAUGUGUGAAGGUACAAAGUUUGGCUACUGAUUAAUUGCAAAAAUAUUUAUGUAUAUAUAAUGCUACUAUGGAAUAUACUUAGCCUAGUACUUGACUUAAGAUGAUGGAUUUUAAUAAGAGAAAAGUUCAACUAGUUCAAAAAUUACGAAUUGUCUAAGACUCAAUUGUCUCAAGUGUCCUCAGAUUAUAAACAUUUGUUUAAUGUAAUUUUUUACCCAUGUCUCUGUAUUUUUAUUAUCUGUUUUUUCUAUUAUCUGCAUGUUCUUCAUAUGUAUGAAAUCAUUUUUCUUGUUUGUUAUUGUUAUAUAUUUUAUAUACUUAUUUCUUCUCAUGUCUAUUCGUUCUUUUUUUUUUACUGUAGUUUUUUUUAGAUGUAGUAUAUUUAUGUGCCAAGUCUAAGGAGGACUAGGCCUAGUUUUCAUUUCACUGCCAACUUGUAUUCUGUAUAUAAGUGUGCUUGACAAAUAAAAUCAUGAAUCUUGAAUAAAUAUUAGUUAAAUAGAAUCUUUUAAACUACUUUUCUUUUUAAAUAAGUGCUAAAGAUUUCUUCUUAAAGAUACCAUUAUUAUUAUUUCAAUCCAGAACAAGUCCAGAACAGAAGAUUUAAUAAAUCGAAAGCAUUAAUGUAAUGACUAUUUUUGUGUACCAAAAAAAAAGUAAAAUUCCUUAAUAAACUGUUUUAUUUUUGUCUUUA